AUUUGAGUAUAAAUAUUGGCGUGGCAACUUGGCUCCCUGUAUGUGCGUGUUCUUGGCCACCUCAUGGAUGCGGCACCCUGGCUGCAGCCGAACAGGCGCACAACGAGAGCCGCCAGCAGCAGACGGCAACCAUCGAGGCCAUGACCGUGGAGCUUCGACAGCUGCAGGUGGGUAUAGAUGAGUACACGGACGAGCGAGCGAGUGGGCUGGGGGCAUGUCAUACAUGUCUGGAUGUCUUUGUGUGUGGGUGUGUCAUUUCAUGUGUGUGCAGGAUGCCAAAAAUGAGGUGGAGGGCCGACUGCAGGGGCAGAUGACGCGCAAUAUCGAGCUGGCGCACGCCCUUAAGACCGCCCAACAGCAGAUCAAGGUACGCACAUACACCCAACCUGCCUGACCUGUGUUGUGUUGUGUUUGGUUGUGUAUGUCAGAGUGCUGUUGACCGACAGUCCGCCUCCCAGCAGAGCCAUUGUGGCGACAGGGCGGGCGAUGCGGCCGAUGCAAUGCACGAGAUCCGGCGACUGAGGGGCGAGAUUGAGCGGCUGCGGGCAUUGAUCACGAAGUCACACCACCACGCCGAGCGCUUCAAACAGGCUACCGACAAGCAGGUAUGUACGCAGCCGCAGCCGAAAGUCUUGACCCUGUGUGUCCUUCGCUCAUUCAUCCUGAUCUCUGCAACGCUCUGCUCUGUUCUGCCUGCCCGAUCGACCAUGCAGGCUGAGUCGCUCAAGAUGGCGCUGCAGGCAUCCAACAAGAAGGCCAGCCUGUAUGCCGAGCAGGUCGCCUCCCUCUCCCGACAGCUUUCUGAGUCGACGGUGCGGCACGGGCAGAGGGGGACCAUGCUGCUGCACGAGCUGCAGCGACGGCCCCAACCCCGCCCAGCGCUUGAGCACUAUGCCAUGGCUAUAGGGGCUCUGUAUCCUCGACUAUUCGGUCAGUGAAGACAGACAGACAGACCAAGUGCGGACUGCACAUAGCCGCGUCUCUCUGUCUGUCUGUCUGUCUGUCUGUGGGUGUGUCUUUUGUCUUGGUGCAGGAGGGCGAGGCGACCGACGGCAGUGAAGGACACAGGCCAGGCUGUGUUGAAUUGAUUGCAAGAUGUGAUUUCGGAUUGGCUGUGUGAGUAGGUGGGCUGACGUGGUUGUGUGACUGAGG